AUGGGAUUAUUUGAUUUACUUUCAUUUUCAUCUUCUUCAUCUUCUACCUCCACAUCAUCAAGUAUAAUACCAACUUAUGAUCAAAAUCAAGAUUCAAUAAAUCUUCAAAUUAAAUCCUUAUUAUAUCUAUUCAAAAGAUUACAAAUUGAUAAACUAUCAACAUUACCAAAUAAAGAUGGAACACUUCGAUAUAUUGUCAAAAAGAAUGAAUUGGUAGUAGAUGAUGAUCCAACAUUUAAUAAAUUGGAUAAAAUUUAUGAUGUUGAUAAAUUUUUAAAUAUUUUACUUAAUGAUGAAUAUAGAAUACUUGUUGAUUUUAUUAAAAAUAAGUUCCGUUCAAUGUGUAUGAUUGUUGAAUAUCCUAGUAAUUUAUCAUCCCGACCUUCAUCUCCUAUAAAAGGACAAUCAACUAAUAAUCCCACUAUGAUUUUUCCAGAUUUUAAAGAUUAUAAAGAUAGAAAUAUGAAUGGGAAAAAUUUCAAAUUUGUAUUAUUCCCAUUAAAUGAUGUAUCAAUUGAUAAAAUUGCUCAAAUAUUAGUGAAUUCAGAUAUUUAUAUUGAACAUAAAGUAUCAUAUUCUAAAAGAUAUUCAAUAGCUUUAGAAUCAAUAAAAUCAGUAAUUUCAAUUAAUCAAAAACGGAUAACAAUAAAUGAAAAAAAUCAAAUUAUUAGAAAUUAUUUAAUUAAAUUAUCUUUUCAUGUUCAAUUAUUAAGAAUUUAUCAAGAAUAUAUUAAAUUAAAUUCCUUGAAUCCUACAUCACCACUACCACCAUCACAACAACCACCCAGUUCACCAACUAAAAAACCAAUAACUUUAAGAAAAUCAAUGUCAAAUUUAAAUCUUAAUAAAUCUUCUCCAACCUUGCAACAAAAUACUUCACCUACAAAAUUAUCUCAUAAGAAAUCUAUUAAUCAACUAAGUAAAAAACCAUCAAUACCAAGAUUUAAAUUAGAUGAAUUGUACAAUCCUGUAACAUCACCAAGAAAGCCAAUUCCGGUCCAGAAUAAUAAUAAUAAUAAUUAUAAUAAACCAGAGAGUGAUUCAAGUAGUAGCAAUAAUGACCUAGAUCAAGAGAAUUUAAGGGUUGAUAUUUAUGAAAAAUGUAAAAUGGCAAUUCUUGAUAAAUUAAACCAUGAAAAAUCAAAACUUUGUGUACAAGUCACGUGA